CCCCCAACAACUUUCUCCACAAACGCAAAUCUAGGUCAGGUAAAUCAUUGGUUGUAGGUAGUCCCUCCUUUGCCUAUAAAAGCAGAGGAGAAUUGCUUCUCCAUUGUGUGCCAUUCUCAUUCAAACCUUCUUCAAAGUGCGAAAUUAAUCUCCAAGAUCGCCAUGGAGACAUUUCUGUUCACAUCGGAGUCGGUCAACGAGGGGCACCCAGACAAGCUGUGCGAUCAAAUCUCUGAUGCAGUUUUAGACGCAUGCCUGGAGCAGGAUCCCGACAGCAAAGUGGCCUGUGAGACCUGCACCAAGACUAACAUGGUCAUGGUGUUCGGCGAAAUCACCACCAAAGCUAAUGUCGAUUAUGAGCAGAUCGUCCGAAAGACCUGCAGAGAAAUCGGGUUCAUCUCUGACGAUGUGGGUUUGGAUGCAGACAAGUGCAGAGUGCUUGUCAACAUUGAACAGCAGAGCCCUGACAUUGCCCAGGGUGUUCAUGGCCAUCUGACCAAGCGCCCUGAAGAGAUUGGAGCAGGGGAUCAGGGUCACAUGUUCGGGUAUGCCACGGAUGAAACCCCUGAGCUCAUGCCCCUUACCCAUGUCUUGGCCACCAAGCUGGGCGCCAAGCUUACAGAGGUCAGAAAGAAUGGCACAUGUUCAUGGCUGAGACCUGAUGGGAAAACCCAGGUCACAAUUGAGUACAAAAAUGAAAAGGGCGCCAUGGUUCCCCUGCGAGUCCAUACUGUUCUCAUCUCUACCCAGCAUGAUGAGACGGUUACUAAUGACCAGAUUGCUGCCGAUCUGAAGGAGUAUGUGAUCAAGCCUGUGAUCCCUGCAAAAUACAUGGAUGAGAACACCAUAUUCCAUUUGAAUCCAUCUGGGCGUUUUGUGAUUGGAGGGCCCCACGGAGAUGCAGGGCUGACUGGAAGGAAAAUCAUCAUUGACACAUAUGGGGGAUGGGGAGCUCAUGGAGGAGGAGCAUUCUCUGGCAAAGAUCCCACCAAGGUGGACCGCAGUGGAGCUUACGUUGUUAGGCAGGCUGCGAAGAGUGUUGUUGCAGCUGGGCUUGCCAGGAGGUGUAUUGUGCAGGUUUCAUAUGCCAUUGGUGUGCCUGAGCCUCUCUCUGUGUUUGUUGACUCCUAUGGUACUGGUAAAAUUCCUGAUAAGGAAAUACUCAAUAUCAUCAAGAACAGUUUUGAUUUUAGGCCUGGUAUGAUUUCAAUCAAUCUGGAUUUGAAGAGAGGUGGAAAUGGGAGGUUCCAAAAGACUGCUGCUUAUGGCCACUUUGGCAGGGAUGACCCUGACUUCACUUGGGAAAUUGUUAAGCCUCUCAAGACUUCAUUUUAGGCUUUCUUUUUCAGUGUUGAAUAUGAAUAAGGGGUUUCUCUUAUAAUUUAGGGAGGCCAGUUCUCAGUCAUAAAGGUAAGGAUUUGAGAGAGCUUAUAAUUGUGAGGGGAGGGUCAUAUCCCUAUCUGGUUGUGAAGAAAAUUGUUGAUUUUGGGGAGGUUGGUGUUCCAUGACAAGCAUGGGAUUAUAAGCCACCACCACUCUUUUUGGUUUUUUGUUUUUCUUAUGGUUUAUAAUAGUUUUUUUUUCAAAAUAUAAUAUUCAUUAAUAUUGUUUUUCAUUAAAA